GCAUUUGUUGAAGGAAAUCAGUAUUUAGAUAACGUUCAACUACUGCAGAAGACGAUUGCUAGUUCGUCAAUUAACUUUUAACGUUACAUUCAGUCGUAAAUGAGAUUUUUUUCUUUUUUAACCAAUAAUAUUACGAAGAAUUUAUAUGAAAUAAAAUAUUGCAAAUUAUUAUAAUCACAUGAUUUAAAAAAUAUUCUGUGAUAAUUGCAUAAGUGACAGGAUGUCUGACAGUAAAAUUGAAGUUGAUCCCUUCAGUGAAACAACACUGGAAUUCCAAAGUUGUGAAGGAGUUAUAGAAACAAUUAUACAAUCAAAUACAAAGGAAGAAUCACAGAAUAUAACAAAUGAAUUAACAUAUGCAGAACCUUUAACAGCAGAACAAAUACGAUGGUUUUAUAGAGAUGGUGUAGAUAAGAGAUGGGUAGAAUUCUGUGGAUAUGAUAGCUUAAGAAUUGAAAAUGCUUGGCAAAGUUAUCAACAUUUGUUUAAAGAUAGUGAUGUAACUAAUAAUGCACUUCCUAUUGAAAAAAUUGUAGUUAGAGGAGGAAUGUAUGAUGUGGAGCUAGAUAAGAUGAAAUGUGUUUCUAUAUAUUGUCCAGGUGAAGAAUGGGAAAUUAUGAGAGGAACUUGGUAUUAUGAUGGUAGUUGGUUACCUUUAGAAACAGAACAAUCUAAAAUUAUAGAAGAAGUUCAUCUUAAUCUUUUUCAAAAACAAUUAUCUGAUCAAGCUACUUCAACAUAUGAUACAUCUCAUUCUUAUAAAAUAUUACAUACUGAAAAUUUUCCUGAAUUUCAUGUUGAUUGGCAUAGUAUAAAUGAUGUGGUAUUAUAUAGUGAAUAUAGACAUAGUAAACUAAUGCGUAGUGUGACAUCAAAACUGGGUUUUGCAAAAACAACCGGAUAUCAAUUAAAAAGAGGAUAUAAAAUUCUUGCUGUAAAAGAAGAUAAACCUCAUGACAUUGAUCAUAUAAUAUUUGUAGUUCAUGGAAUUGGUCAAAAAAGAGAUACUGGAAAAAUCAUUCGUAAUACAACAUUAUUUAGAGAUUGUGUAGAUUGGUUGAAACAAAAAUAUUUUCCCAACUCAAAUUAUAGAGUAGAAUUUUUUCCUGUUGAAUGGCGAUCUUCAUUAAAACUUGAUGGUGGUAUAGUAGAAGCUAUUACACCUUUUAGUGUAGUAAGCAUACGACAUUUAUUAAACACAUCAGCAAUGGAUAUUCUUUAUUAUACAAGUCCUCUUUAUGGAGGAGAAGUAAGAGCUGGAUUACAAAAAGAAUUAAAUAGAUUAUACUUAAUGUUUGCUAGUCGUCAUCCAGGUUGGAAAGGAAAAGUUUCAAUUCUAGCACAUUCAUUGGGAUGUGUAAUUGUUUAUGAUAUUGUCACAGGUUGGAUGGGUCCAGAUACAAGACCUCCAUCUCCAGAAACACAAGAAGUUUUAAAACAACGAUUACAAUUUCCAAUAGAAAAUUUAUUUUGUUUGGGUUCUCCAUUAUCAGUAUUUGCAUUACGUACACCUUCUCUAUCCAACAAAACUGAUGUGAUGCCUCAAGAUUUAUGCAAAAGAUUUUAUAAUAUAUUUCAUUGGUCUGAUCCUGUAGCUUAUAGAAUGGAACCACUUCUCGAAAGGGAAUACAGCAAAAUUGAACCUGUUCUUAUUCCAUCAUAUGGAGGAGUUGAUGGUCAACAAACAGAACAAUCACCUCCAACAAUAAAUAAUUCUGACCAAAAUUUUUCUCCUACAGAUAAUGAUGAAAGAGAAGAUAAUUCAGUAGAUAUAUCUAAUCGCACACCAGAUAAAGGUUGGAGUCUCUGGGGCUUAGUCCGAGCGGGUUGGAAUGUUAAAGAAGGUGUUUCUACACCUAUUCAACCAGGACAAGAAUUAACACAACGAUUGGAUUAUGUACUUCGAGCAAGUUUAGGAAGAAAUUAUUUUUACACAUUAGCAGCACAUACAACAUAUUGGAGCAAUUAUGAUGUAGCUUAUUUUGUGCUAACAAGACUUUUUCCAGCACUAGAAACAUGAUGUUGGUUAGUACAUUUAGAAUUAAAUCAAUUAGAUAUUAUUAAAAUUUACUAGUCCAUAAUAGGCCAGUAAAACUUAAUAUUGGAAGUAGGCCUACCACCAAAACAAUCUGUGAUAAUAA